AUGCCAAGGCUUUGCGGAUCCUGGGUUUCCACCGCGGUUUGUUGCUUCAUGGGUUUCCUGCUCCCAGUGGAACGUGCUUCUUUGUUAGGUAACCCUUACAAGCAAGAAAAUAUAUUAGCUGCAGAAGUAGUAACUGAUCCGGAAAGUUGCCCAAGUCGAAAGCCAGGGGCUCACAAAGGGGCUCGUAUAGGAUUACCUAUUGUCGAAGCAUACGUGGGCGAACGACACGCUCACGGUACAAGCACCUGA